AUGGAUAUAGAUCUCGAUGGCGACGAGGACUUUGAUUCAGGCGGAUCAAAGCUGACAUGUCCUGGAGAGCCACUAACGUCUGCACAAGACUACAUGCGGGGUCAUGGGACAUACGUGGAGAACGAGGAGGUCAUUGCGUCCGUCGCAGGCACUAUUGAACGUGUCAACAAAUUGGUCACGGUUCGAGCCGUCCGGACAAGAUACAAUGCCGAAGUUGGUGAUCUUGUCGUGGGGAGAAUCACCGAGGUGCAACCUAGACGCUGGAAGGUGGAUGCCAACUCCCGACAGGAUGCGGUCCUUAUGCUAUCAUCCGUGAACUUGCCCGGAGGUGUGCAGCGGCGUAAGCUGGAAAGCGACGAAUUGCAGAUGCGCACCUUCUUCGAGGAAGGCGAUCUCUUGGUAGCAGAAGUGCAAGCGUUCUUUGGUGAUGGUUCCAUGUCGCUACACACAAGAUCUCUACGGUAUGGCAAGUUACGCAAUGGACAGCUUGUGGUCGUACCUCCAAUUUUAGUUUGUCGGCUAAAAUCCCAUUUCAUCACCCUGCCGUGCGGCGUAGACCUCAUCCUGGGCCUCAACGGAUAUAUCUGGGUAAGUAAACAUGUGAAGCAGAGUGAUCGUGAGGGAGAAGAAGGAUUUGACGCAGAGGCCGUGUAUUCGAACCAAAACGAUGCUAUUGAUGACUUUACGCGGAUAGCCAUCUCCCAUGUUACCAACAUCAUUCGUGCACUGGCAACACGGUUCAUUCCCUUGUCUGACACGAUUUUGUUGAAGGCGUACGAAUGGAUUGUGGAGCAGGGGAGCGACGUAAAAGACCUCUUGCAAGAGGACAUUGGCGACGCUCUUGUAGCGGGUAUAACUGCAAUAGGCUAA